GAAACCACCAAUGUGGUAACAGAAAAUGGCGGUAGGGACUGAAGCGGUAGGGCGUUGUUGGUUAUUUCCAAGACAUUCCAGGUGCAGGACGGACUUUUAGCAACGCUGAGUGUUGCUUGAGCUGGUGGACGUCCUGGAGUACAUAUGUGUAAGGUUGAUGGGAUCAGCCACCUAGCCACAUAGAGCUUCCUUGUGAUGGUUAGCCAAGGGGUCUAAAGAAAACCAGACAAUGGCAGGCAAGGCCCACCUAUGCCAGGAGUCACGUACUGGCAAGAAAAGAAAGAAACUGCAACCUCAGUUUGUGGUGUGUCAGCGGCUGUGUCGAGCAAUGCCUGAAGUGCAGCGGGUGAUGAGGAGACUGUCGUCAACAAGGAAGUAUUGCAACAACUAUGAGUGGAAGCGCAGACCAUUCAUUCCUCCCAGAGCACUGAAGGCAGGAGGUGAUGUGGGCAGUCAACAUGAAGAGAAAGAUCCUGUGAUUGUGAACACUAGAGAGGAUACCAGCAGUCAGAGCAAAGGGAAAGAAAAUCUGGCCCAGAAAAAUAGAGCUGACUCUGACACUCAUAACAAAGAGGGAGAACAUGUGGCUGAGAAAAGUAACAUUAAUUUUGAUGCUCAGAGCAAAGAGGGAGAACCUAUAGCUGAGGAAGAUAGAGUUUACUAUGACACUCAGAGCAAAGAGGGAGAACAUGUGGCAGAGAAAAGCAGAGCUAACUCUGACACUCAAAACACAGAGGAAAAACCUGUGGCUGAGGAAAGUAGAGUUCACUCCAACAUUCAGAGCAAAGAGGUAGAACAUGUGGCUGAGAAAGUUGGAGAUGGUGACAGUGUGAGGAAUGAGGAAGAAUCUGUUUCCAGGUCCACCAGUGACAGUGAUUGCAAGUUCUCCAGUUCAUGUGAAGUCAUUGACAUUGUGACCAACUUGGAAAGUAAGAGAAGGAAGCGAGUGAUGGACCUGCUGGGUCGCCUUGAUCUGGACUACUCCACCAUCCUGAAACCAACACAGGAUCCGAAGGAGCAGGAUGUAUUGCUCCCCUACAUCAUAGAAAGCAGUGGUGCAGAUCAGUCAGGUAAAGCAGCAGCAGCAGCAACCUGUAAAAAUCAAUGUUCAAGCACUUCACAGCCACAAAAACUGAAGAAAUGCAAGACCAGUCACAGGGAUGUAUCAAAGGACACACAAAAAAAAAUGAACACUGCAGAACCACAAAAUGUAAAAAGAUGCAAGAUCACAAAAAAGCAUAUAUCAGGUAACAUACCAGAAAAUUCAAAUAUUACAGGACAAAGAAAACUGAAGAGAUCUAAGGCCAGUGAUAAAGAAGUGUCUGGACAUGUAGAGGGGAAAUCAGGGAUUGCAGGACCAGAAAGGAUAAAGAGGCGCAAGACCACAAGUUUUUAUGUGUCUGAGCAUAACAAAGGAAAACCAAUCUCUGCAGAACCACAGAAACAGGAGAAAGAACUUGAGAGCCACGAGAACAUUAAUGAAGAUGUUUCUAAGAAUAUACAAGGGAAGUCAAACAUUGCAGGACAAAGAAAACUAUGGAGACUUCAGGCCAAUGACAAGGAUGUGCCUAAGCAUAUACAAACUCCAAAGCCACAGCCAGGUGCCAAAAAGAGAGGAAGAAAGAGCAAGGCAGAAAAAGCCAGGUUACUGUUAGAGCAGAUGGUCCAAUGUUGCAAUAUGUUACAGAGCUCCUCUAGUCACUCCCACAGGCACAUUGCUCAACUCCUUAGCAUGGAAAUUAAAAAGGCAAAGGAAGGUGAAGUUACUCCUACACCUUCAGAAGCAUCUCAUGGACAUGGUGUGUCAGCAAAGCCAGGUGAGACAGCAGACCCCAGGGUUGAUGACAGCCAAGUUGACAGCCCAAUACAGGAAGACUUUGAGAGCCAGGUGCUGGAGAUAGAGGCCACCUUCCUUGUGAAAGCAUCAGCUAGAGGUCAAGAAAUCAAGGGAGUGUCACUGCCCCCCCCUACAUUGCAGUACUCAGGUGCAGAGGCCAAAGUGAGUGGUAGGGCUGAAGAAAGCAGCACCAGUGAAGGCUUGAGUGAAACCUUUGAGAAUAGCAGUGAGCUUCUGCCACCCAUCCUCAGACCACAGUGUGCUCAGUUUAAACCAUAUUCAUCAUUCUCCAGUCGUAUAUUCUCAGAUGACUCACUCUCACCUGACACGCAUGACACCACGUCCAAACUUGUGUCUUCUGUUUCACGAAGCAUUCCUUCUGACCCAAACCACACACAGUCAGAACCUGUACACCCACACCUCCAUUACACACCCCCAGUGUGCAUACAGUCUGAGUCUCAUCCAUCAGUCAAAAACAUACACACAGCAUUGCCAUGUAUGAUGCCAAACCUUAUGCAAGGCCUGUCUUACACUGCUGAUAGCCACACUGAGCCACAACAUAGUUCCCCAUCACAUAGCACACAACAGGAGACCUCUCCUUCCAUCAUCCCCCACAGCACUGAGUCAGAACUGAAUGCCUGUCCCCCAAACAACACUGGGACAAAACUUCACAUAUCCACCUCCCAAGACAACCCACCUGAAGACCAUUCCUCUGUCCUAGAUCACACACAGGCAGAUCCUCAUGUUGGUGUUGAAGGAAACCAAGAACAACCUCAGUUUUCAUCCCCACAUCACACACAGUUAGGAUCUUUUUCCAUAAUGCUGCACCACACACAAACAGAACCUCUUUCCUCACAAUCUGGACCCUGUUAUCCAGUUUGCUCAUCACCCAAGAAAAAGACACAAAAGAGCUCUCAGAAGUCUACGUGCAACUACAACUUAAGGUCUAAACUUCAUAAUAAAGGCAAUGUCAGUGAGACUGUAACACCCACAGAGUUCAGCAACAUGACCACUCUGCUCAAGAAACACUGCAAGAGUGAACCACGAGUGUACCUCAGGAAAGUGGAGUGUGAUACUUCUAUUGUUGUGAUCAAGAAUGCAGAGUCCCAGAAAUUGUCAGCUCCCACUGCUAGAGACAUGUCUCUUCCUGUCUCCAUUCCAGUUUCUAUGCUUGCUUUGCCAAGUGGACAGAAAAAUGUUGUGCAAGUGUUGGAAAAGGUUGUUGACAGCCAGGAGGGGAAAUGUGUCAAGGGGAAGUUACAGGAAGGCAGCAGUAAGAGUGCUUGCAUGAAAAAUGAUAGUGAGGAAGGAAUGCAUGUUUCCAACAUACACAGAAGCACAAAUGAUGACAGUGCUGUUAGUGUGGUGGGUGCUGAGAGCAGUCUUGGAGAUGCUGAGAACAGUGUUAAGGAAACAGACUGUGAGGAGAGUCAGGGAGGAAUUGUUGAAGUGAGUUUUUUUGAUGAAACGUGUCAUGAGAGUUCUGAGAAGGAGCUUAGUGUGAUGCAAGAAGGAACAGAUGUUGAGCACAGUCAGAGAGAAAUUGCUGAAGAAAGUCUUUUAGGAGAAACUUGUGGUGAGAGGUCUCAGAACACAGAGACUAGUGAGAUAAGCCAAGAAGAAACAGAUGUUGAGAGUCUGGGAGGAACUUUUGAUGGAAAUGUUUCAGAGGAAACAUCUGGUAAGAAUUCCCAUAAGACAGAGGGUAGCGAGAUGAGCCAAGAUAGAAAUGAUGCUAAGAACAGUCAGGGAGGAAAUUUUAGUGAUGAAAUGUGUGUUGAGAAGUGUCAGGAGGUGGAGACUAGUGAGAUGAGCCAAGAAGGAACAGAUGGUGAAGCUUCUGCCAACAGCCAGGGAGAGUCAGAUACUGAAGGGCAUCAAAAAGUGGUGCAGAGGGUUGAGAACAGGCAGGAAGUAUCAUGUGCUGAGGAGUGUCAGGCACUGGCUGUGAGUGCUAGUGACAGCCAGGGGGGGACGAGUGGUGAGCAGUAUGAGACGGUGGUGGAGAGUGAUGUGAACAGUGAAGGAGGACCAGAAAUUGAAGAGUGUCAGAUGGUGGUGAAUGCUGCAAACAACCAGGAGGGUACAGGUGGUAAGGGAUCUCAGCUGGUGGUGGUGAGUGGUGCUGGAAGUCAGGAAAGAAAAGGUGUUGAGGGUCAGGUUUAUGAAGAAGGUAUUAAUAUCUCUACAUCUUCUCUAUACAGUGAUGGAAAUGGUUACUUUGAUUUUCAUAAUAUAACCCUCGCUCCUGACCAAAGAAGCAAGUUAACUAGGUGUGAUUUUGAUACAAAAAGAUCAAAUUUGUAUAAAACAUCAGUUAGUGAUCAUGAUUGUGUCAGGGGCAGUGGCAGAGCAGCACUUGGAAACGACUCGUGCUCAGGUAUUACAGAACAAUCAGAUACCCUUGAAGUGGAUGAAGGAAAAUGUAUCAGUUUAGCAGAGGAUGAACAGUGCCCUCCAACAAGUCAUGAGCCUUCACUAUGCCAGAGUGAGUGUGACACUGCUGCAGCUGGCCUGUAUGAUGCCAUUUGCAGCCAGACUGGGGAGGAUAGCAUUUCUACAGAGUUUGUGCAUCACUUGCCAAAUGAAGCACAACUUUUAGAAAAUUUAGAAAGACGCUUAGAAAAUACAGGAAGAGACUGGGGUGUGCAGAGCAACUUUGAGGCACAAAAUGUCAUCUUGAAGGACACUACUAUGGGUAAAACAUCUCCAGCACAGGCAUCUUCAGAGGAGCAGGUUGAGCUAAGGCAGUGCAGUGAGUCACCUGCUGCCCCUGCCUCUGCACCACACUGUGAAGGCCACGACACUCACACUGAUGAAACCAGCUUAACAGAGGAGGGGAAAGAUGGGGAGGCAGCAGGCAAUGGAGAUCCAAUAGAUUCAGAUGGAGAGGAUGUGCUCUCGUUGUACACCGAUUAUAGUCUCCUAGACACUGAUGUCAGUGGGGAAGAAGACACACCUGAAGCUGAUGACUUUAAAAUUUUCAAGGAUACUGAGGAAGAUCAUACAGAAGAAUAUUCCUCAGUCAGCAAGAGUGAAGGGAUGGCAGGUGAUGUUAAAGACAGCAUGCUUGCAGAGCCUUCUGAACAUAGCCAGAGUGGUGAUGGAUUGGAAGUAGGUGCAGGAUCAGAUGAGGCUCUGUCUCCAACUGAUUCUGACGUGGAAAGUCUGCAAUCUAAGUCCUCUGUCAUUGAUCGCAUUGUAGAAAAUGAGGCGAAAUGCAGCUUGGAGGAAGAAAUGUUGGAAAGCGGCAUCUUGAACAGCUUUCCAUCAGGAGACAAAGGUGGUCAGAGUAAUGAAGCUGAAGGCCCUGCAGAAGUGUUCAGGGAUGGACAGGAAGUCAUCACAGCAAGUCCUUUAUCAUCUCCACCUGAAGUGUUGCAAAGUGACAGUACUUCCAGAGAGUGCACAGACCCCAUUGAUGCAUCAAACAAUGCUGGUUCUCCACACUGCUUCAAACCCUCCCAAAGUGAAUGGAAUUUCAUACCCCUUCAGGAAAAUAAGCCAGGAGAGACAGGUUUUAGGGGCCAGGAAGAAGUGUGUGAUAAAACAACAAGUGAUAAGAGUCCUUUCACAUCAUGCAAGUCAAAUGAGAGAGCCCAGCCGCCUACUGCCACCCAAGCACUGGUGGUUCCUCCGCCGUCACUUUACAGGAACAGAACCUUCCUUGUGCCUAGACCUAAGCUACCUGGCAAUCUGGGCAUCUGUUUUCUCUUUAUCAACAGAGGCUUCUGUGAGCGCCAGGACUGCCACUACAGCCAUGAGAUAACAUUGGAGUGUGAGAGCUACCUUGGGCUGCUGAUCCUCCAUUUUGUGACUAACAAUCGCCAGCAUGAUGCAUGGACCCUCCUUAAGCAUCACCUCUCUCACCAUCACAACUCUCUGCCCCUGGCUGUGUCCUUCCUCUUGCCCCUUGCCAGGUAUCUUGUGAACCUCACUCACAAUAAGCAGCCCUCAUGGAUAAGGGUGCCAAGUUCCCUCACCCUUCCUCUGGAUAUUGCCAAAAUGAGGAUCUUGUGUGUGGGACGUCAUGGUGCAACAGCCUUCAGGCUCCUCUCUUCCUGUUACACUAGAGCAUCACCUGAGGGCCUCAAGAUUCUUCUCAACAUUUUUGUCAGAUUUUGUGAGAGUUUCCCUGGGAGGGAGUUGCUGAGCCCUUGGGAGAAGGUGGUUCUCUGGGGCUAUGACUGCCAUGAAGGUAGUUCCACAGACAAGCUGAAAGACUUGCUCAGCAUUGAGUGGCUGAGGCUUCAGAUGUUGAGUGGCAAUGCCAGUAAGGUGUUGAAAGUGUACAAUCACUUGAGUCAAGCCCUAACAUCUCCCAACGUAUUCUUCACACGCAUCACCUGUCAAGUUAUCAGCUACUUUAUUGAUACAGGCAAGCUUCAAGACAGUUUCAAAGUGUUGGGUCAGGUGCGUCGGCUGCGAGCCAAGAGCUGUUCCAUAUUGACAGCUCUCAUUCCCACUAAUAGGGAAAGUGUACAAGCUCUUGUAGCAGAACUACAGGAGCUUGGUGAGCUGGUUUGUGAGUUGUGUGUUCCCUUGGCUGCAAGUAGCUGGAGCCUUUUGCUCUCUCACAUGAUGGACAUCCAUGAUCUACCUAUGACUAUGAACCUUUUACUGGUGCAGAUGAACUUUAUGACACCAGAAAUUAAUAUUUUGAAGUGGCUGCUAAAAGAGGGCAUCACAAAGGGUCCUGCCAUACUGCAGCCUUUGUGCAGUUUUGUGUGCCAGCUGCCUGAGAAGGUGUUGAGGCCACUGGAGAACUCACUGAGCUGCCUUAUAAAUGCCUGCACUCCUUCAUCUCAGCACAUGAAAUCCCAAAUCAUUCAGCAUUGCAAGAGGUUUGGCAUCAAUUUGAGGCCACUUUUUGAUGAUUCAGCCAUACUGAUAGAGGAACAUAUUGAACCUUACCAGUGUAAUUCCUCCUUCAUUCAGAAAGAGAAUAGCUCCAGCAUUACCAAUAACAACAGCAUUGGCAUCCACAGUAACAGUGACAGUACUAUCAGUGAUUAUUUAAGUAGCAACAGCUCCAGCAGCUGCAGUCAAGGAGAGUUGCAAAACCAUACUCCACCCCCAGGGUUUGUAGUCUUCCAUCAGGAAAUGAGCACUAGUGAGACAUCUGGCCUUGUGGAAAAUAUUGUAGCUGACAGAGGGUGUGCCCAAGAUUUGAGGGGUGAUUAUGUACCAACCUUGUGUGGACAGAGUGAGCUGCCAAUGUCACCAAGCCCCAGAUCUCUGUCUCAUUCAGUUAGAUCAGAGUUGGUCAGUAGUCACUGUCUUGAAGAUGUUAAGUUGGUAACCAAACUGGGUCCACAGGAAGAAUGUGCAGUUGCUCAAAAAGUGCAACAACAUCAGCCACUGACAAUAGAUUAUAACCACCAGAUGCCCGCCAGAGAGUUUCCUUGUAACCUCAGAACACAAAACAAAGCUUUUACAGUUACGAGAGGCAAAAAUUGUUCACAUGAUUUGGGCAGUUCUUUAAUGAGUCCAGAUUCAACAAAUAUUUCACCUAUCAUCAGUCACACUAAGACAGAUAGCAAAGAGAAAAGUCCAGCAAACAGUAAGGUGAUGAGAAAGUUAGCCAAGUCAUCAGGUUCCUGUGGCUUUCAUUCAGCACAGUCACACCACUCUCACAGUCAAAAAACUUAUUCUAAAUCAUCAUGCAAGGAUUCCGGUGGUUUUAAUGAAAUGGUCUCCAAGACACAUACAAAAUUUGGACCUUUGAAAAAUAGCAGUAUACCACAGAAGCCAGAAGAAAUACCUCGGUUUUACAUUAUCAAGAGGGACAAUUUCAUUCUCCCAAAAAUUUCUUGUAACCAAGAUUUAAGGGAGCGGGAGGUAUCAAAUCUGGAGGAUUUGGGGAUGAACCACCUCCCACCAGGUGAUGAAGCAUCUUCCUCUGGUGUAGAAGUUAAUCAUGACAGAGUUGCUCCUCUUAAAUUUCCUCAAGUAGCUGAAAAGGUUUUGAAAAUAUUCUCACAUACAUCUGCUCCAGUGCAAAAUCUACAGGUAAGCAGUCAGCAAGAUGAAAGAAGACUCAGUCAUCAGCGGCCCAUAACCUCCUGCCAGGUUCACCAGGUCUUUGAGAAGGAUAUAAAUUCUGAAAAGUUUUCUGGGUGGCCUGGCAGACUUUUCAACAUGCAGCAGAAACAUUGGUUUUUAUUGGAGAAAGAUGGACAAUUGGAUCACAUGAGAUCCUCCUCCACCUUGGGUUCCUCGCCUUCCUCCUCAGGGUUCUCUGACCCAUAUGUCUGCAGCAGCCCACCAUCACGUCCCUCCUCCAGAAUAAGUUUGAGAAAUGAAUAUGUUGAGCUAGAUGAUGAAAGGAAUGACUCAGGACCUUCUAUGUUAUUGCUUCAUGAAAUUGCUGCUUUGGAAAAUGUACUAGAAAAAAGGGAGAGGGUGGCAGAGCUGGCUGCUGCCUUGACUGACUGCAGCAACAUCUACUCCUCAGGCACCAAAUUCAGUUCCAUCAUGAAGACUUGCAAGACAAGCAGGAGUGGUGUACCAAGUCCAGAGAUGAGGGAGGUGAUGGGAGCAUUAGGAAUAUUGGUCAUGAUGGAGUGUGUGCAGCAGAAGAUUUUCAGUGAAGCAGAGCUGACCAUCCUCACCCUCCACCAUCAGAGGCUAUCUUUCUUCAAUAGCUUGGUGUCAAGGGAGAAGGGCUGUUCAGAGCAGCAGCUGGCAGUGAAGGCCCUUUGGGUGCUGUACCACAUGAAGAACUACAGUCUCUUCAUUGACAUUUUGGAAGAAACUUCCUGGUCUGGGGGUGUGGAGGACGUGAGGGCACGGCUGCAGCUGUUGUGUGAGGUGCUGGAUGUGAUGCGCCAGUCAGGGAAGAGCAAGGUCAGUCUGUGGUACACUGGGAAGAUCCUCGCCUCCCUGGUCAUCUACUACUACAGUGACACCAUGAUGCUUCACAACUACCAUGACUUACUUGAUUUGCCAGGUCAUCUUGAGGCAGCCUGGGAGUGUGUAGAAGCUCUAGGGAUUGUGGGAGUGGUGGAGCAGUUCAUCGUGAUCCUCAAAACUGCCCUCCGCCUGGGCCUUCCAUUUAGCCAGCAUUUCACAUACCACCUAAUGAAUAGAGGUAUUGGUGUAGGCAGCAUGGAAAUGGUUAUGGCACCUGAUAGAAGUUAUGGUAAACUUCCCUUACCACUGACUGUUCAAAGGGAGUGUGCAUCUCAGAAAUGGAAUGGCAAACCAAGACAAGGCAAAGCCCCAAGAAGAGGCAGCAAGAGGAGGGGAGCCUUCCAAGGAACAUACAAGGGUGGCAGACUGCAUGGACAUCCUAGGGGUCGUCAGGCUGCAUUAGACAGGCAGCAGAAUUGACUAGCAUAUGAAUGAAUAUUAGCGUCAGGCUCUGUUCAGUAAAGAUCAAAUUAAAUUAAAUUUCUUGAAGCAAAUAAUGUAAGGACUAAGUUGGUAGUGAAUAUGGGUGUAUUUGGAGGUAAUUAAGAAUUUUUUAGUAGUUUGUAGAAUUUCUUUUUUCCAUUGAAAUUUUAAAUGGAAAAUAAAGAGUACAAUUAUGUUUUCUUAUCUUCUAAUUGAAGGUUGUUAAGCUGUAAUGUUUCAUUUCAUCAUGUUAUUUAGUUGAAGGUAUAGAAUUACCUUUGAAUUGCCAAAGCCAAAUUAAUAUUAGUUUUUUUUUUUUUUUUUUUUUUUUUUUUUUUUUUUUUUUUUUUUUUUUUUCAUUUAAUUAUAACCAGUUAUGGCUAAUAUUCAACAGAGGUAUUAGUUAAGGCCAAAUACUCCACCUAGGAUAAGUGAAUGUUUGGACAGGAAGGGAUGAACAGAGAGAGGUAGAAGUACACACCUGAAAAUGUUAAGUAUUGCUCUCAUUCAUGAAAUAAUUAUUAUAAUUUUGGUUUUAUCAUACAUGAAAGAAUUAUCAUCAUUUUGGCUUUAUACUAAUAAAUAUUAUGGGCAACAGAAUUUAA